GAAAACAGGUUUUACAUUGUUUGGAAGCUUGAAAACAUUUUACAAAUGUAAAAUAUUUUCUAAGAGACGGGUAAAAUCUCAGUCAUUUUAGGGAAAAUGUUUUAGCAAUUUUUUUGUGUAAGACAUUUUCCAUCUCCUUCUUCGUUCAGAUAUGGUUCAGUGAUUGAGCGUUUUCAGAGAAGAGAGGGGUUAAAAGAGAUGAUAAAAGGAGUAAUUUUUUAUUCAGGAUCAGCUGACCCUUUAAAUCCUAAGAUUUCUUUAGCUUAUGCUGCUCAUGGAACUAGGUUUGGAGACAUGCAUACGGCAUAAACUACUAGCAACUUCAGGUUAUCACUCUUUGUAUCAGUGGUACCGUUCAGUCGAAAGUGGGCAUUUUCCAGAUAUUAGUGGUCUUCGUGCUCGUAUGGAGCAAUGGACAUUUGGCCUCUAUCCAGCAUGUAUCAAGUAUCUCAUGUCCACAUUUGAUGUUCCAGAGGUUAUGGUUGUUACCCGAAGCAAUAUUUGCAAGAAUGGAAUACAGGCGCUGUCCCGAGGGGGUGCUGUCAUAUAUUAUGCUUCAGUCUUCCUUUACUUCUGGGUUUUCUCGACCCUUGUGGUUCUUUGGUGUUUGAAAGCUACUUGUAUAUCUGCAUUAACUGGUUUCAUUUACACUUUGACGAGGCAUUCUCUUCUCUCAGAAUUGCUAAUUACAAGUCAUUCACACUAUUCCACAUCAAUCGUGAUAGUGAUCUUGAAGUUUUCACUCUUGCAGCCGGUAAGGUAAGAAACCUAGAGUGAUUCACUGGCCACGAUCCUUUUCUUCAUGGUUUGAAUAUAUACAUUAAUCCCUUUGAGAUGCAAGUUCCAAGGGAAUGGAUGUUGGAUCCUGAUUGGGAUAUGGAGUAGAAGCAGCCACAACAGUUGAGCCAUAGGAGACAUACCCUAGCAAAUGGACUGCAACAGCAGGGCAGCAGGAUCCAGUGAAUACAGUCACGGUGGUUGACCAUUUUGUUAUAAGACAAAAUGAGAAACCUGAUUUUGUAUCAAGUACAGUUAGUCACUGAUCUUUGUUGUAACAUCAUUCUAAUUUCUUAAAUAUAGGCAACAAUGAAGGGAAUUUAUAUACGUCAAAUGUCAUAGUUGUUUAGAUGGACUAACAUCAUUCAAAUGUUAAAUGUUAAUGCAGCUAAUACUGGUUUUUCACAGCCAUAUCAUGCUUUGUAGUUGAGAGAUUUUUAAAUGGAAGCUUAUAGUUGAGCUUUUGAUUAGAAUUAUCCAAAAUAAUUAUAGCUAUAGUGAGGGAAAGUGGUUUAA